AUGAGAAUAUUCAAAUAGGCAUUCGAGAGUAUUCAAGGGAAGAAAGGGGAGGAAGAGAAUAAACCUGGUUCUAAAGGAGCUUUUUAUAUUGAGGAAUAGUUUAUGACUCCAGAGUUUCUGUACAAAUAAAAUAACAAAGAAGUUUAGUAAGGAACAUAAAAGAAAAUAAAUUUAACGAAACAAUUUUUUGUAACCAUGGCUACAAUGGAGAAUAAAUUCAAUUUGUCUCCAAUCAAAUAAAUUAAUAUGGUGGAUUAAUUGGUUGGAAUGUAUUAGGAAUGCAUUUAAUAAUAUGAUACUCUCAUGGACCCUAUUAAAUAUUAUUUCUUAGACAAAAUUAGGAAUAUUGUUUAAUAGGCUGAUAAGUUUACAUAAAGAGAACCACGAUCAUUAUAGUCUUCCGAAAAGAAGAUUCAAUAACCUAUUUAAAUUAUCAAUAAUGAUGUUAGUUACUUCAAGGAUUUCCAGGAUUUUAAUGAUAGAAUGGAUAAACCAACAGAAUAUGCAACCCCUAAAAAUGAAGAUCAAUAUUAAUAAAUAGAUAACAAGAAACUUGUCAUUCAACUUCAAACUUUUCUUGAAGAAGGUUAAAGGAAUAAAGAUAAUCAAGAUAUCUCAAUAAAAAAUCACGAAUCUCCAUAAACUCAAAUAAAUGAAAUUAAAUAAGUGUAAAAGUUUGACGAGUCAUCUUCUAAGAAGAGAUCACCUAAAAUUGAAUUCAGAAAUGAAAAUAAUGAAACACCCAUUCCUAAAUUAUUACUUCAUUAAGAAGAGCAAUUAAAUAAAUAAAAUGUAGUAGAUUCUCAAUUGCAAAACUAAUCAAGGUCAAUUCAGGAUAGAUUAUUGGCAAGGCAAAAAAGUCAAAAGAAAAAGGACAUUUGA